AUGACCGCUGUUGUCUCGUCUCGUUGUCUGUGUCUCUUCAACAACUCAACCACGACACCAAUUCACCUUCACCGGGCAGAGGUCAACCGAGAAGAGCGAGAGACGAGAGACGAGAGAGCUGCCAUGGAGCCUGCACACCCAUACUACCCGCUAGACGCCAAAGUGGUCGGAUACCUGGCCAACGACUGGGACGUCCCGACACUGGUAUGCGCUUUUCUUGGAGGAUGGGGCGCGCUGCUUCUGCUGACACUGGCGGUGGUCUCUGUUGCUCGCCCCAGCCUGAAGAUGGGCGACAAGGUGGCCAUCCUGUGGUUUGUCCUGAAUUUGAGAGAUUUGGCUGCUAACAGUAGACCAGGCGGUAGCAUCCAUUUCUUCUUCGAGGGCUAUUUUGUGUAUAACCACACUCGAAUGGCACCGGCGCAGGACUUUUUUGGCCAGCUGUGGAAGGAAUACUCUCUCUCGGACUCGCGGUACCUCACCUCGGACCCGUUCGUGCUGUGCAUGGAGACCAUUACUGCGGUCUGCUGGGGCCCAUUGUGCUUCCUGCUCGCAUAUCUUAUUACCGUCGACCACCCUUUGCGCCAUUCCUUCCAGGUGAUUGUCUCCCUGGGUCAGAUAUACGGAGACAUCCUCUACUAUGCUACUAGCAUGUUCGACCACUACUUCCACCAGGUCAGCUACUGCCGGCCAGAGGGAUACUACUUUUGGUUUUACUAUUUCACUAUGAACGCCAUCUGGAUCGUUGUGCCUGCCUGUAAGUCGACUCCUACCAGCCUCUCAAGUAUCCAUACUGAUUGUGACAGACUACAUGUGCCAGAGCAUAGGCAUCAUUACCAAAUCGAUCCAGUACAUGAAGGCCGCUACCAUAAACCGCAAAACCCAGUGAUAUCUCCGUCUUCUACUAAAUCUUAUUUGAUGGACUUCACGACCAUCUUACGAGCACCAUGUUCAACAGACAUAUUCAGCCUCCUUCGCGAAUAG